ACCGGAAAUACAUUCUGGAACGAUGUCGACGAAGAAGAAAAAGUAAACUGCAACAUGGCGACUCCCAUGCAUAGAAUAAUAGCCAGGAGGCAAGCGGAGGCAAACAAACAACAUGUGCGAUGCCAGAAGUGUUUGGAGAUGGGACACUGGACCUACGAAUGCACAGGGAAGCGGAAAUACGUGCACAGACCGUCGAGAACUGUUGAGAUGAAAAAGAAACUGAAGGAGAAUGAAAACAAACCACUCAGCAUCACUGGACCAGGAAGAGAAGGCUCCAGUGAGAAGAAAGUUAAAAAGAAGGCUAAAGAUGGUAGCGACAGCAGCAGUGAUUCAGACGGCUCCUCAAGUGACUCAUCGUCAGACAGCAGCGACUCCUCCAGCUCCUCUUCAGAUGACAGCGACAGCAGCAGUGACAGCGACGAUGACAGCUCUUCCUCAUCUUCCUCUUCCUCCUCCUCUUCGUCCUCAGACAGCUCAGACUCAGGAAGCAGUAGCGAUUCCGAUCAAGGACCUCCAAAGAAGAAGAAAAAGAAGAAAUAAGUGAAUGUGUUGUUUGUUUCCCCUAAGUUAACUUCAGCUGUCCACUAUUGUUUCCCCUCUAAUCCAUCAUAGCUGUUUGGAUCUGAAAGGACAGGGCACAUUUAGGGCUGUUAUACUGCUUGUACAGUUUUAGCAAAAAUGGAAAUUAGAAGAGUUUAUUUUGGGUUGGCUACUGUGUCAUGUUCUGAUUUUGUUUGUUUUGUUUUUUAAAACACAUUUCCCUGUUACUUUUGUUUAUGUGAUAUUUUCUCACGUUCGUAGCUCUACUGAGGAUAUAAAGUCCAGAUGUCUUAGGAAACUAAUGUGCUUAUUCAUGUUGAAUCUGUGAUUUUGUACUAAAGUAUAUUUUUAGUCAAACUUAAUCUGUACAGCUCACAACCUCAAUAAAGCAACGCCACAUCUGGUACUCAGUAGAUAUUGAUAAUGAGACCUUUUAAAGCAUACUGAAUAAAUGUUUGUGGAAAAUAUAAAUUAGUUUAAAAUUAGAAGGUCUUGUUGCUAUUAAAUUGCAGUUGUUUGUUCCACUGUAAAAUAAACUUUGCUUGUUUUUAA